GUCUCCAUCCCCCGGCUCGCUCGCCUGCCUGCCUGACUGACUGGCCAACAAAAAAUGUUGGCAAAACACCCCCUCCUCAUCGUGUAGAAAAAAUGGCGGACAAGCGCUAAAUCCACAUCAGAAACAAACACACACGUUACAAAGCAAGACGGAAAAACAGGGAGCGGGUCGCUUUAAUUUGGACGCCAUCCCCCUUGGCGGAGGAAAAAGGCGCACUUCUAUUGAAAAGAAAAUCAUCCGGAGGGGAGAGACGCUGCUAAACGGUUAUGAAGUUUUAAGAGUGGAGGCCACUGUUGCAUCGUGAGCUUGGUCAGUAUUGUUGGAGCAUGAGGAAACCUGUACCACAGAAAGCUAUAGAGUGGAAAGAUGCCAGAAGGAUCAAGCACGCCCGGAGUGGACGGCCCUCCCGGGUGCCCUCACAGUACCAAGGGCACUUCAGUUGGGAGAAAUACCUGAAAGAGACCGGCGCUGCUGCUGCACCUGCCUCAUGCUUCAGACAGAGCCUCACGCCUCCAGUGAAUGAGUUCAAGGCAGGGAUGAAGCUAGAGGCCCAGGACCCACGAAACACCACGUCCACGUGCAUCGCCACGGUGGUGGGCCUGACAGGCUCACGGCUGCGGCUGCGUUUGGACGGGUCUGACAACAAGAACGACUUCUGGCGCUUGGUGGACUCCUCAGAGAUCCAGCCUAUUGGCAACUGUGAGAAGAAUGGAGGCAUGCUGCAGCCACCACUCGGUUUCCGUCUCAAUGCGUCCUCCUGGCCCAUGUUCCUUCUGAAAACACUAAAUGGAGCUGAGAUGGCACCCUCACGUAUUUUUCACAAGCAGGAGCCUCCCGCCCCAGAGCAGAACUCCUUCCAGGUGGGCAUGAAGCUGGAGGCGGUGGACCGGAAAAAUCCCCACUUUAUCUGUCCGGCCACAGUGGGUGCACUGCGUGGGGUCGAGGUGCUGGUCACCUUUGAUGGCUGGCGGGGAGCCUUUGACUACUACUGCCGCUACGACUCACGUGACAUCUUCCCUGUUGGCUGGUGUGCCCUCACCGGAGACAACCUUCAGCCACCUGGCACCAAAGUAGUGUUACCCAAGAGCCUUGGGGCGCUGACAGACGGGAGUGUGGAGAGCCCAGCCAUGCACCCCACCCCAACGGUGGGCAGACCUCCAGGUCAGAGAGGACGGAAACCAGGCCGCAGGAAAACCAAGGUCACAGGGCCCUGGGGUCAGAAGGCCUCAGGGUUGGGACCACAGAGCAUUCAGCCAGGCAAAGACCUGGGGCCCAUCAAGAUCCCCAAAAAACGAGGGCCCAAGCCUGGCAGUAAGCUGGGCUGGGCAAAAAGAGCUGGCUGGCUGGAAGAUGCUAUGGCUGGCCCAGGACGGCCAGUGACAGGCCCGGGGCGAACCAGGGGAAGACUGCCUGCCAACUGGGCACAGAGGAUAGCUCUGCAGCAGGCCCAGAAUCAGGCAGAACCUAUCAAGAUCCCAAAGAAAAGAGGGCCCAAGCCUGGCAGCAAGAGAAAACCACGCGUGGUACCUAAUCCAGUCCCGACGUCUCCCACCAGCAGUACCCCAGAGCCCGACACCAGCACCGUGCCUCUGGACAAUGCCACCAUCCCCAACUCUGCACUACAGGCUCCCACAGUGUGUGUGUACCUAAACAAGUACGGCAAGGUGGGGCCCCAUUUGGACCAACGGCGUAUCCAGCAGCUCCCGGACCACUUUGGGCCAGGCCGGGCCUCUUCAGUGCUUCAGCAGUGUGUCCAGGCUUGUGUGGACUCUGCCCACAACCAGGGCACCGUCUUCUCUUGCCUCAAAUCUGGCCAAGGUGGUGAAAUCAUCUCAGCCUACUUUGAGCAGCAGCAGCACACCCUGACCCUGCCUACAGUCAGCAGUGUCACCUACGUUCUCCGUUUCCUUGAAAAACUUUGCCACAACCUUCACUGCGAUCCUCUGUUUGGCAGCCAGCCUGUAGCCAGAGGAGGCCUGCACUACAACAGUCACACAUACACUACAGAGAGGAGGAGUUUUGGUGACAGCCUGACGACGGGCCCAGGCCGAGGCACCAAGAGGUUCCUUCAGAACUACAACAGUCCCCUUCCCCAGAAACUGGCCAAAAUCCCCCGGCACUCCACUGAUGGCGAGUCCUUCAUGGAGAACAGUGUUGCCGCAUCAGAGCACUUAAAGAAGAGCCCUCUCUCUCCAAACUCUACGGGACUGCCGCCCGGACUGAGGUCUCCCUCCAAGCUGCUGCAUCACAACAACUUUACAGGCUCAGGCAGUUUCCGGGAGAGCCCGAGGCCCAGUGGUCAGGACCCCAACCUGUGGACAGUGGAGAAUGUUAUGCAGUAUAUCAGAGAUAUCGACCCAGUGCUGGCUCCACAUGCUGACCUUUUCAGAAAACAUGAGAUUGACGGCAAAGCACUCCUGUUGCUGCGCAGUGACAUGAUGAUGAAAUAUAUGGGCUUAAAGCUCGGUCCCGCCCUCAAACUCACCUUCCACAUCGACAAGCUCAAACGGCCUUGAGGAGGUCAGACGACCAGCAGCAGCCUUCCAAAGGACUUAACUCCAGCUCCACCUCCCUGUUCUGGGAUCAGUAUAUAAUGCACUGCAUAUUGGACAUAUACUGACCAUUUACAUGUAGCAGCUUCCAUCAGACCACCAUAUCUGGUAUUACAUACCCCUGUCCUGACCUCAUCCAAUGAGGAAUGUCUAUUUUGUGUAGCACAAUCCAGCCCUAAGGCAGCAUGGGAUACGUAGGAUCACCCACUUGUCUGACAUCUGUUUUGCAUUUCAGUAUAACUUGAAGAGUCAAAUGUGGCCAUUUUAACUGUAAAAGGCUUUUUUUGGCCUGCUUUUAUUAUGUUACAUUUAUUCUGUACAUUUCAUAUUUUGUACUUCAUGAAUAUAUGGUAUUUUUGCCUUUUUCAACGGUUUGUGUUGGAUAUGCUAAAAGAAAGAAAACCCUAAAAUAAGAAAAGAAAUCACUACAUUCAUCCCAAUAGUUGGGAAUGCUUCUGAUUAAUGUCUCUGUUUGAGGCGCAAUUUUGCAACUACAACAAUAUUAUGGGGAGAAAAAAAAAACAUGUUUUAUGAAAGGAAAAAAAACUUUAUUCUGAAAAUACUGCCAUGAGGAAAUCUGUUUCUUUUGUCUUACUCUGGAUGUUGUUUACAAUGCCUUGUCCUGUCUUUGUUAUUUGUACUUUUUUAAUUUUUUAUACUAUAUUAUUAGAGUUCCUACAUGGAGAGCCCUAUCAUACUUAACAUUGUUCAAUAAAUAUAUAAUAAUUCAA